GUCGGGAGGUUAUAUUUUUUUUUUAAAUAAAAAAAAACACUCAAAGUCUUUCCAAAUCUUUGACUUCAUCAUCUGUAACUAGCAGCUUUGGACAGCAGGUUGUUGAUCCUGAAAUGGGGUUAUCUUUCUCUCUUGAAAGCUGAAAUCUUAAAAGGGAGAGGAAAGGAAAGAAAGCGUCAGAGAGAGUAAGAGAGGAGAAAUGGCAAUGCCAUGGAGCAUGGCUAUAUGGAUUGCAAAUAUGGUAUGGAUGGGACUUAUAGGAUUGGUUUCUACUUGCUUGACUAUUGCUGAUGAGCUUGCUAGUUCUCUUAGAACCGGAGAUAUUGGUCCUUUUCAUGUUGGCUGAUCUUCUUCCUUCAAAACUAGAUCAUAUCCACAGAAAGUGUAAGAAGAUCAAGAGGAGAUGAUUCCGCAGAAGUUGGAGCUCUUAGUAUUUAGUAGCUCAGACAGCGAAUAACAGUAGCAGAAUUUUGUUGAGCAGAAUUCUGUCUGGCAGCAAUUGUAUUACAAAUGUUUGCAACGCAUGAGAUUUGAAAAAAAGGUUUAUGUUUCAGUUGUUUUUUCUAUUGCACUGAUGGUUGAACUGUUGCGAUUAUGAACUGUAUAUAGAUUGCGGGGCACUAAAUAUACCAACGAACGUACAUUAGAUUUAGUUUGUUCUUGGCAGUACUGCAAGGGUGUAUGAUUUAGUGAUCCUUGCUCCUGCAAAGCAUCAGAGAUAUGAAAUGAAAUAUAGAGUUCAGUUCUGCCUA